AAUUCCUCGUCACUUAGCAGUUCCAUGUCAGGGUCCAUAUCGCAGUUCUCCGUCGCCAUUUUGCCGUCAAUGAGGAGGGGCGGGGCCACAUACUGCAGUAGUUACGUCCACUGUAAACAGGAAGUAGUCCGUUAGAUUUUCUGACCUCAGAGUGAGUGAUGGGCAAAAGCUGUAAAGUGGUUGUGUGUGGCCAGGCUACAGUUGGUAAAACUGCUGUGCUGGAACAACUGCUUUAUGCCAAUCAUGUUGCAGGCUCAGAGCCCAUGGAGACCCUGGAGGAUAUCUACAUUGGUUCGAUAGAAACUGACCGUGGCACACGAGAGCAGGUGCGCUUCUACGACACGCGUGGACUCCGGGAUGGGAUGGAGUUUCCUCGACAUUACUACACUUUUGCCGAUGGCUUUGUACUUGUCUACAGCAUUGACAGUAGAGAGUCCUUUAAGCGGAUGGAGGCCCUUAAAAAGGAAAUCGACCGUCACAGAGACAAGAAAGAGGUGACCAUCAUUGUGCUGGGCAACAAACUGGACAGGCAGAACGAGAGGAGAGUUGACUCUAACAUGGCGCAGAACUGGGCGAAGAACGAGAAGGUGCGUCUGUGGGAGGUGUCGGUGGUCGACCGGCGCACACUGAUUGAACCCUUUGUGUACCUGGCCAGCAAAAUGACCCAGCCACAGAGCAAGUCCACUUUCCCUCUCAGUCGCAAUAAGAAUAAGGGCAGUGGGUCGACAGACAGCUGAAUGACUGGCCGCUAAUGUCGUGUUCAAGAGGGAGGAAAAAGGGAGCAGAGGUGUGUUGAAGGGAACUUAGUUUUGCUGAAGAAUAAUUAUGAUAUCAUGAAGACUUGAGGUAGUAAGAGUUGUUUGGGAGAGGAUGGAGAAACAUUGGUGAGAGAAAAGGCAGUAUGAUUGUAUGGAUAUUUAUUUACAGUGAGUUCUGUGAUGUGUUGCUGAAAUCCUUCACUACUUCAAUUCUGACUGAGUGAAAAUGAUGAUCCUUUGCUACAUCAGCUAAGAAAUUGAAGAAUGCUAGGUGUUUUUGUUCAUCAUUCCUAAUUUUUAACAUUGGAUCAUGCUCAAACUAUUCAUUCACGUUCCACUGUUUGUUUGGACCUGCAUAACAGACUUUUUGAACUACUGACAAUCAACAUUUUAUUCUCAGUUCAUACUUAGCGUUUUAAAAUAUCAGACUCAUGGUGCUCACGACCUAGCAUGCAUGUAUUACACUGGUUACUAUUUUAUUUACAUGCACACUAGAUGUAUAUGCAGACUGAAUCAGGAAUGGCAGCAGUCUCUCAUGUUACCGAAUUACUGCAUCAUGCAAAUACUGAAUUUCACAUGUAAUGGGUAAAUGCGUGUACGGAUUUUAUUGAUACAUUUUUGAUGACGUACAAUUACUGUGGCGUUUGUGGUUCUGGAAGUUUGUUACAGUAUAUGUGUUAUUUGCCGAGAUUCACCGUUGGAUGUUGUAGAGUAAAUAAUUGACAUUCCUUAACCACAUAUUGCCUUCUAUACAGGAUUUAGGAAUUUAAAUAUGAGAUAAAUGUUGUUCGGAUGAAGGUCAGUUUCUGCAGGCUCAGGUGUUACUUUUUUCUGUUUGCGACACAUGAAAGACAGAAAUCAGUCUACAUAGUAAAAUGAUGUAGCAAAACAACAGUGACCCAACAUAUAGUCAGUUACAGUUACUGCUGAACUUGAAGCUGCUAUAUCUUUUUUGUUGUGCCAUUAAAUAAAUUCUUAAAGUUCUCAUUAGCAUCCACUGAAUUGUUUAUUCACUUUGCAACACGAGUUAAAAUAUGAGCAGCUUUUAAUCUUUGUUCAGCUGAAAAAGGGAGAUUUAUUGAUGUCUGAAAAUCCAUGUUUGUGCCUGUCUGUUAACACUAUAUAUCACACAUGCAGCUUUCUUUUGGUAAAUAUCAAGCUUUUAUGUAUUAAUAGUCAUAAAAUGUUCACUUGAUAUCUGUUUGCAUGUUUUAUAAACAAAGUAAAUGAAUUCUUUUGUGCCUGA